AAACCUUUACGGCGUCUUUUGAUUAUGUCAUAAAAUUUGGCGGAUUUUGGAAGGAAAUACAUAGAUAUUUUUGAGACUAAUAUUGGUGUACUAUUAUUUACUUGAUGAUUUAGUCUAUGAUUGGGUUAUCUUAUUCAAACUGUAAACACGGCGUACGAAUACGAAAGAUAAUUCCAAAUAUUCUAAAUUUCAAAGACAACAGGUUGUUGUUGAAGUAACAAGUAGGCAAAAUGUUGGACGGUGUUAAGCACGUUAUCUUGAUACUGUCAGGGAAAGGUGGUGUUGGUAAAUCAACCAUAAGCACCCAACUAGCCCUCGCGCUGAAAGAUUCCGGUUACAAGGUGGGGCUACUGGACGUGGACCUGUGCGGUCCCAGCGUGCCGUACCUGCUGCAGUUGGAGGGCCGCGACGUGCACCAGUGUCCCGAGGGCUGGGUGCCGAUCUACGCGGACAAAGACCAGCGGCUGGCCGUCAUGUCCAUCGGCUUCCUGCUGAAGGACAGGAACGACGGGGUCGUCUGGCGCGGCCCCAAGAAGACAGCGAUGAUCAAGCAGUUUCUGAGCGACGUGUACUGGCGGGACAUUGACUACCUCGUCAUCGACACGCCCCCCGGAACGUCCGACGAGCACAUAACCGUCAUGGAGAACGUCAGGGACCUGAACUGCGACGGGGCAGUGGUGGUGACGACGCCCCAGGAAGUGGCCAUCGACGACGUGCGCAAGGAGCUGACGUUCUGCCGCAAGACGGGCAUCCCGGUGCUGGGCAUACUGGAGAACCUCAGCGGCUUCGUCUGCCCCUCCUGCACCGAGUGCACCAACAUCUUCUCCAGCGGCGGGGGCCGGGCGCUGGCGACGCUGGCGGGCGUCCCGUUCCUGGGGAGCCUGCCCGUGGACUCCAGGCUGGGGCGGUGCGGCGAGACGGGGCGCAGCUGCCUGGCGGAGUUCCCCGAGUCCCCGGCCGCGGGGCUGUUCCGCGCCCUCGUGGCGCGCCUGGCCGCGCCGUGCUAGCCCCCUCCCCGGCUCCGCGGUCACGUCACUCCGCGUCCGUGCUUCACGUCCGGGUUCCGCCGACUCUCGAUCCAUGCCAUGUUAGUUUUACCAUUUGGAUAACUUGGAUUUCAUCGAAUAUUUUUCUUAUAGAAUUGUUUAUUAAAUACGUCGGAUGUUGGGACGUAAUCAGCCGAUCGGAAUCGUGCCUAGCGAAAACUGGAAUGGCCGCCCGUUUCCGUCACACCGAAUCUUUAAAACGGUGAAGAACACGUGAACGAUUAAAGAGGUUAUAAAAGGUAAAAAUAACCAAAAUAUUACUAAAACAAAUGUUGUGUGCAAAAUAAUUUUAUAUGUAAAAACCAAACGAUGAUUCUGUAUCUUUUAAGAAUCACAGAACAUUGUUUUUUUAUAAUAUGACGAUAAUCAGUUAAAUUUAUAAGAUAUUUAAAAGUUAAUAAUUCACAAAAAUCAUUACAAUUUCAUAAUUAUUAUCCGGAACUGUGAUGCAUUAUUCUAAAUUCAAAAUUAAAUUAAAAGCUAGAAUUUUGAGAUCUGACGAUGACAGGCAAGAUUUUACGGUUUCGUGUACAAAGUAACGCAGUAGAAAUCCGCUGAUCUGGACUAGAUGAGACUGGAUCUUGCCUGCAUCUCUGAAAGUUCGGACCAAAUGGAAUUCGCCUUGAAAUGCACGUAAUACAAUGUUAUAUGAUGGGUGAAACUGUUAAAAAUAAAAACAUUUUAAACAUAA